AUGGCAAAAAGUAAUCGUCAUGAAAAAAAGAAAUCAUUUUCAAAUAUUGGUUAUACAACACCAGUCGAAGAACAUCCAUCAUUAGAUGAAGUUUAUGAAGAUACACCUUUUUCAGAAGCUUUUUGGACAUAUUUAAAUUAUGUUAUUUUAAAUAUAUUUGGAUGGUUUCGUGAUCUUCUUCGAAAUGCUCGAAUUGAAAAUCGAAAAGGUUCAGCAGAAAAUAAUCCAUCGGGUUUUGUUCCACUUUAUCAAAGUUAUGAAAGUUUUUACACUCGUAAUGUUUACCAACGUAUUGCCGAUUGUUUCAAUCGGCCAAUUGGUAGUGUACCAGGUGGUAAACUUGAUCUUCUUGAACGUGUUACUGACGAUUACAAUUGGUCAUUUAAUUUUACUGGUAACAAAAUAAAAUCAAUUAAUCUUGGUUCGUACAAUUAUCUUGGUUUUGCUAAUAAUAGUGGACAAAUAACAGAAAAUGUUAUUAAUUCAAUAAAAACUGGUGGUGUUGCAACAUCAAGUACAACACAAGAAUUUGAUAUGGCUCAUUUGGAAAGAUUAUUACGUGAAGCAAUUGUAUCCGGACAAUCACGAACUCAUCGACCAUGGAGAAAAAUUUUAAUUAUUGUUGAAGGAGUAUAUAGUAUGGAAGGUUCAUUAUGUAAAUUACCAGAAUUAAUUGAACUUAAAAAAAAAUAUAAAGCAUAUCUUUAUUUGGAUGAAGCACAUUCAAUUGGUGCUAUGGGUUCACAUGGUCGUGGUGUUGUCGAUUAUUGGAAAUGUGAUGUUAAUGAUGUUGAUGUACUUAUGGGUACUUUUACAAAAAGUUUUGCUUCAGCUGGUGGUUAUAUUGCUGGAAAAAAAGUAUUAGUUGAUCAUAUUCGUAUAACAUCACAUGCUACAACUUAUGCAACAUCAAUGAGUACACCAGUUGUUGAACAAAUUAUUUCAGUACUAAGUUUAUUACUUGAUGAAAAUGAAGAACAUGAAGGUCGUCGACGAAUUAAUCAAUUAGCAUGGAAUACACGUUAUUUUCGACAACGUCUUACAAAAAUGGGUUUUAUUGUUUAUGGUCAUCCACAUUCACCUGUUGUACCAGCUUUAUUAUAUAGUCCAUCAAAAAUUGCAGCAUUUAAUCGUGAAAUGUUAAAACGUGGUGUUGCUGUUGUUACUGUUGGUUUUCCAGCUACACCAUUAGUACUUGGUCGUGUUCGUUUUUGUCUUUCAGCAUCUCAUACAAAAGAAAUGCUUGAUGAAGUACUUAAACAUGCUGAAGAAGUAGGUGAUCUGCUCAAUAUGCGUAAAUCAAAAUUAAAUCCAAAACGACCAUUUCAUGAAACAGAAUUAUAA